GAGAAACUUAGCUAUCAGUGUGGCAGGGUCAUGAAGAGGAGGCGGUGGCGGGAGAGCGGAGGAGGCGGAGGGGGCGCAAAAUUGCGGUAGCCAGCGCUGGGCUGGUGUUUGUGGCCGUGGGAGGGCGAGGGUCCAAGCCCUCGGGCAGCGGCCGGGUCUCUGGGCUGAGCGCGGCUGUGGAGCCGCCGCUCCCGGCCCCCUGGCUCCGCCAUGUUCCGCAGGGCACGCCUUAGCGUGAAGCCGAAUGUCAGGCCUGGUGGAGGCGCCAGGGGCUCCGCCGCUCCUAAUCCCCAGCGUGGACCCGAGGCUCCCAGGCCUCCCGAGCCUGCCACCGAGUCCGCUCCGAAGCCAGCGGAGCCUACAGAUGUGCCUGCGCCUGCAUUGGCUUCCGGGGGAGCGGAGCCCCAGGAAGAGGCUCCCAGGAGCAGUGAUGCAAGGGCUGGUGAUGAAAAUAAUGUUGGAGAGUCCAGCAAACCGUCCUCUAUGGCUUCUCAGAGAAGAAAGCGAGUGCCAAGCACUUCUAGUCUUGCGAAGCCUACUGUCAGUGUUCCUUCACAGUGUCAACCCUUGUCUGCAGUUAACCACGAUGCUCCGCAGCCCAGCCCUGCUCCAGCUAAAGAGAAGCCCCCCUGUUCAGAUAGAUACCGAAUAUACAAGGCCCAGAAACUGAGAGAGAUGCUGAAAGAAGAGUUGAGAAAAGAGAAGAAACAAUGGAAAACCAAGUUUGCUACAAAUGAAAGCCAGAGGCCACCAGAUCGUUCAAAAAUGACCAUGAGAGACUUCAUAUAUUACCUGCCAGAUAACAAUCCAAUGACUUCUUCAGUGGAACAAGAAAAGAAACCCGAAAAAUCCUUGGCUCCUACUCCGGCAAGAGAUAGGCAAGACAAUCAGAGCACUCAGGAUGCUGAUGAUAAGGAAGACGUGGAAGAGGAGGCAGAUGAUGGGCCACUGCUGGUUCCUCGAGUAAAAGUGGCAGAAGAUGGUUCUAUUAUUUUAGAUGAAGAAAGUUUAACUGUAGAAGUUUUGAGAACAAAAGGUCCCUGUGUUGUUGAGGAAAAUGAUCCUAUAUUUGAACGUGGGUCAACAACCACGUAUUCCAGCUUCAGGAAAAACUAUUAUUCAAAACCAUGGUCAAAUAAAGAAACAGAUAUGUUCUUUUUGGCCAUCAGUAUGGUAGGAACUGACUUUUCUAUGAUUGGACAACUUUUUCCUCACAGAGCAAGAAUAGAAAUUAAGAAUAAAUUUAAACGUGAAGAAAAAACAAAUGGAUGGAGAAUAGACAAAGCCUUCCAGGAAAAACGCCCCUUUGACUUCGAUUUUUUUGCUCAUUUGCUUCAGAAAGUUCUUGCUGAAGAAGAAAAAAGAAAAAAACCUACUAAAUGUCAGAGUUCAAAGGAAAAGUCCUCCAAACCACGGAAAAACGUGAAAGCAAAAAAGGUAACUAGUGAGGAAGUGAAUGAUGAUCCAGAUGAAUCUGUAAAUAGUUACUGUUCAGAUCCAGAAAGAUCUCAGAAGGAUACUCAGACAAUUGCUGAAGAGGAACCACCAACUUCAUCAGAACAGGAUUUAGAACAAACCAUGUUAGAGCAUGACCAAAAUCAAGAGAAAAGAAGGAGGAAGAAGCAAAAUGAAGCUAAUAAACAGGAAGCAGCAAAUCUUGUAGGACAUGUCCUCGUUCAGUCGAGCUCUCCUGAAGCAGAAAUACACAAGAAUACAAGUCCUGAGGAAAAUGAAGGCGAAUGCAGUGAGGAACAGACACCUUCUUCCCCAUGGCGCGUAGAUGACAUUGUAGAGUCAUUCUCACCCUCCAGUGAGAAGGUGGAGCUGAGAACUGGCUCCAGCCCUUCCACAUGUAAUCAACAAGAUAUCAUGCUGCUAGCAAGUGAGUCCUCAGAGUCAAAUGCUGCAGAUUUGCCUUUGUCAGAAGUUGCAUGUUCUGCCUCCUGUGAAGUAAAUAAUGCUGGAACAGAAGAAAGAAACGUUGGCUUAGAGAAUAGACCACUAGAGACUGAACAAGCAGAAAAUGUUAAACCAAAAUCCAGAAGUCGACUGCAGAGACCUAAACCUAAUCUGUCCAGGGCAGUUGGGAAGAAGUCAGUUGUUUCUCAAGAUAAACAAGAUGAAAGGAGCAAAAUCUCACCUUCAGAAACUUCAGCUGAAAAGAAUCAUGUGGAAAAAGAGAGAUUGAAUGUACCUGAAAAUGUUGGGACAGAGAAUACAGAAAGAGAGAACCUAGGUGCUGAAACUGUGUCUGAUUUGAGUGAAAAGUCUUGUGUACAGGAAGAUGGUGAACCAAAGGUCUUACGACCUGCACGUAUAUUGAGGGGCCGAAUGCAAAGACCAAGGCCUAAUAUACAGAAAGCUGCAGGAAGAGAAGAGACUCCUACACCACAGGGAAAAAUUGGGGCCCAUGUAGAGAAGAAUGAAGAUGAAUCCUGUGUUGAUAGAGAGCAAAGUGAAUCCUGUGUUGUGAUUCCUCAACAAAAGGAAAAUGAGUCACUUAAAAACCUCCAGUGUGAAGAUGUCACAUCACAGCCUGAAAAAAAGGAUCCUUCAGGAAAUGUGCACUCUGAUGAGCCCAAGGUUCUUAAUGAAUGUCCAAGUAUUCAAGAGGACAGUAAAGCAAAUAAACUAAAGCAAGCUCCAGUUUUAAGGACGCGAUUUCAGAAACCAAAACCAAAACCCAAUACAGGAAGAAAAAGAAUGACCUCCAAGGAAGGGGUGUCAGAGGAGGUUCCCAUUUCUGGAGAAAUACCAACAGCUUUGGAAGAAACUGCAAAACCAGACUCUUCGCCAAGGAAGAAGAUUCCAGUUGUAACUAUUGCUGCUCUUACUGUUACUCCUGCCACUAACGAAUUGGAAUCCGAUUUAAAAGACACUGGAGAAAAUGACACAUCUUCUAACAUGAAGAUGUCAGAAAUGACAGAAGUCACUAUGGAGAUGGAGAUAGGUUUGGAAACAGUAGAGAGAGAGAUUUCCCCAGGGGUGCUGGGAGCAGAAAUGAUUGACAUCCCCAUGGAAACAGAGACAAGUUUGAAAGCAUCUUUAAAUGAGAUUUCUCCUAUGGAGAACGUGUCAGAGUUGAUUGAUACUACAGAGGAAAUUUAUACAAAUUUGGAAGAAACUGGAAGAAGAGAAACAUUUUCACAAGAAAAUGGCCCCAAGGAGGUUAGUCCAAUUAGUGAAAUGGAGACAGACUUGCAAGAAACUGGAAAAGAGUUACCCACAAGAGACAGGACAACAGAUAUGAUUGAUAGCACUAGAAAAGGGGAGGCAUAUUCAGAAGACAUUGAAAGACAAGGAAUAUCUGUGCUAGUAGAGGAGACAGAGGAGGCCAAAACCAUGGGUGAGAUGGAGACGCGUCUGGAAGAGUCCGGAGGAAAGGCCGCGGAAGCCCCAGCAGAGCAGCUGGCUAAUGCGGUGGGUGUGUGUGGCAGCACACACACAGAAGAAGCGGGAGUGGAGCCGAGUGCUGUGGAAGAAAAGCUUGACCUGAACGGAGCUGGGGAAAGAGACGUUUCCACGAUGGUCCUGGCAUCGGCAGAGAUGACUGCCACUGAGGAGAGUGGUGGAGAUCUGAAGGAGACAGCAGAGACUUCCGUCUCUUGGGAGAGAGGACCUGGAGAGAUCCGUGUUGGGAAGCACAUGGUGGCAGACUUAGAAAAAACAGAAAAAGUAGAUGUUUCUCCAAGAGAACAUGAACCAGAGGAACAUAGCUCAAGGCAGCUCGUGGCAGAUGUAAUUCAGAACAGCAGUAAUGACAGCAGCCCCGGGGUUUCACUGGAUAGAAAAAAUAUUAGCAAUGAAAUAUCAGUGAUGCCUACAUUUGAGGAACAAAAAGAAAACUCGGACAAGGAAGUAUCAAGUCACUUAAGUCAUGUGAAGUCUUCCGAGAAUUCUGCAGACUGUGAAACGGUUCCAGCGAUACAACCUGCAGCUGUCCCGGAGCAGUUCUCCCGUACUAGCCCAAGCAGCUCUCUUCCUCAAGAACAGAAGCCACUCGAAGUUAAACCAGCUCCUUUUCUGAGAAGUCGAUUCAAAAAACCAAAACCAAACUUGUCAAGAGCAGCCUUAAAGAGAGCAACCCCAGAAGCAGAGCAUUGUGUACCUGGGAAGAAGUCAGAAGCAGACACAGUGGAGACUGUCGCGUUACAGCAGGACAGCGAGCAGUCCAGUUCUCCCUCUUCUCAGCAUGAGGUGCCUUUUCUAAUGACAUCAAGAGAAAAUGAUAACCCGGGUCACGAGGAGGAGGAUGCUGUGAUACUGCCGAGCAUGCAGACUGGGAAGGACUCUUCCCCACCCAAUUCAUGUGAACCCAAAGAGGAUUCUCAUUCAACACAAAAGCAGGAAAAUGGCUUAGUUGUUCCUGUUGGGACUCAGAAGAUGAACAUGGUCACACAGGAAACAAAGCAAAGCGUUGGCCAAACUACUCUCCCAGUGAGAGGUCGAUUUCAAAGACCAAGACCAAACGUACAAAAGGCCAGACAGAGGCAAAUAACAGAAAAAGGUGAAGCUGAAGGAGUAGCUAAGAAUGAAGGAUCAGAGCUGCAGAAAGAUGAGACGAAAAAGGUCCUGACAGUGGCUAACACUCACACUGAAGGUGAAGUUGAAGCUAUGUCCUCUGGAGUUUCAGAGUACAUUGUGAGUGAAAGUCACAGACAUGUGGUUCCUGUAGAUGAACAAAAAAGGCAUGAAAAUAAACCUCAUGUCCCUAGUCCAGCACAGUUGUUAAGAAGACGAUUCCAAAAGGCUAAACCAAAUUUAGGAGGAGCACACCAUAGAAAAGAGCAACCAGUUGUAGAAAAAGGCGCAACAGACCAGAGCACAGACCCGAAACCAGAAGACCAUGAGCCGCAGAAAGGAGACGUGGACAUCCAGCUUUCUCUAAAAGAGAAGACAGAGAUUCUAACACCCCUGGAGGUUUCAGCAAGAAAAGAUUGUAUAGUUCCUGAAGCGUCAGGUUCUGCCAUUCAUGAUGCUCAGCUGAAAGCUGUACCAUCAGGAGGUGCCAGGGACGAGAUUGUGGAGGACCAUCCUACAUCAUCUUUGGGGCUUGAAGAGCAGGGUCUCAGUAAACAAAUUAGCAGUCCACAACUAUUGAAAGAAUCAAAUUACUCCAGAACUGCUGCGCAUCGAAGAACACCUCCCUCUCCUGCCUCUGAGUGUGAGGCAGACCACAGUGGGAAAAGAGCGCAUAGAAAGAUGAAAUCACAUGUGACCAGAGGGCGAGGACCCAAACGAAUCCGAGGUAAGACUGCUAAGAAGGAACCUAGAGCUUCCAAGUCCGUGUUGGUGACUCUUCGGGCUUCUCAGGAAGAGGAUGAAGAGGAUGAUGAGGAUUUUGAUUCUGACUUUGAGGAGGAAACCUGUCAUCUUGCCCCAGAAGAAUUAAACAAAGCACCAGUGUUUGUACCUGUUGGUCUCAGAUCCCCUGAACCAGUGUCUGCUCAGAUCGAAGAAAACAAUGGAAGAGACAUAGGGUGUGUGACUGUUGUUGAACAUCAGCUUUCAAACACGGAUGCAACAACUCAGGAUGUGCAACCAGAAGAAAAUUUGCAUUCUCCAGCAUUUGCUCUGGGAAUCGAGCUUGGUUUGUCAGGUUUAGUGGCAAGUAGCUUUAUCUGCCGAGCCACCUUGCCAUCCCCUAUACUUAAGCAUGAAAAUAAACCUCAUGUCCCUAGUCCAGCACAGUUGUUAAGAAGACGAUUCCAAAAGGCUAAACCAAAUUUAGGAGGAGCACACCAUAGAAAAGAGCAACCAGUUGUAGAAAAAGGCGCAACAGACCAGAGCACAGACCCGAAACCAGAAGACCAUGAGCCGCAGAAAGGAGACGUGGACAUCCAGCUUUCUCUAAAAGAGAAGACAGAGAUUCUAACACCCCUGGAGGUUUCAGCAAGAAAAGAUUGUAUAGUUCCUGAAGCGUCAGGUUCUGCCAUUCAUGAUGCUCAGCUGAAAGCUGUACCAUCAGGAGGUGCCAGGGACGAGAUUGUGGAGGACCAUCCUACAUCAUCUUUGGGGCUUGAAGAGCAGGGUCUCAGUAAACAAAUUAGCAGUCCACAACUAUUGAAAGAAUCAAAUUACUCCAGAACUGCUGCGCAUCGAAGAACACCUCCCUCUCCUGCCUCUGAGUGUGAGGCAGACCACAGUGGGAAAAGAGCGCAUAGAAAGAUGAAAUCACAUGUGACCAGAGGGCGAGGACCCAAACGAAUCCGAGGUAAGACUGCUAAGAAGGAACCUAGAGCUUCCAAGUCCGUGUUGGUGACUCUUCGGGCUUCUCAGGAAGAGGAUGAAGAGGAUGAUGAGGAUUUUGAUUCUGACUUUGAGGAGGAAACCUGUCAUCUUGCCCCAGAAGAAUUAAACAAAGCACCAGUGUUUGUACCUGUUGGUCUCAGAUCCCCUGAACCAGUGUCUGCUCAGAUCGAAGAAACAAUGGAAGAGCUUGAGAUAGCCAUGGAUGUUGCAGACAUAGGGUGUGUGACUGUUGUUGAACAUCAGCUUUCAAACACGGAUGCAACAACUCAGGAUGUGCAACCAGAAGAAAAUUUGCAUUCUCCAGCAUUUGAAAUGGUCAUAGGUGAACAGACCCCAGAAGAACCAGGUCCCAGUGAUGGAAGCGCGGAAGCUGCCAUAACUUUGCUUACAAUGGGAGACAUAGUAUUGCAGUCGGAGAUCAUCACUGAACAGGGUGAUGUAGGAGUAUGUGUAUUUCCUGAUGUUCAUUCAAAGGAUAAAAGUCAUGUUCCUUUUAGCCCAGAUAAUGUAAAUCACAAAAUUGUUCAUGAAUAUCAGGAGGUUUCUUCACCUGUCAUUAGUAUGUUGCCUGCAUCAUUUGAGGAAAAGAAGAUUGUAUCGAAGGAACAAAGUACUAGAGAAGAAGCUGAUGCCAUGGGAGAAAUAAUGGAGAAUACUCUGUCAACCAGGAGCACAGCUCCUGCAGUGACCAAACAUGUGGGAAUGGAGAGUCAUUUUAUCACAGCUGAACCAAGUCCUGAGAUCUUAGGGGUCUGUGGGCUUGAGGAUCAUCAGGAAGUUGCCAGUUUUUGUGUAACCAAAGGGACAGAAGUGGAAAUUCAAAGAGACCCUGAGGAAAAUGACUCCAAAGCAAUAGAAUUAGAAGAUAAAAGCCUUGAGCCAGCAGAAACGAAGGAGCAGAACCAAUUGCCAUGUGUCCAUGCAGUUACCAGUGUUUCUCAAGAAGCAAUCCCGAGUUUAAGAAGUGAAGUCCAAGAGGAGAACUUGGAAGAGGUUCAGAUGUUGGGUACUGCAGUUGCUUCAUCUGAGAUCGGGAUCCACACACUUGAUUCAGGUCAGGGUCUUCGUGAGAGUCCUCCUGAAGAGCCCAUCACAGAAAACUCUAAAGGCAGCAGCAUGCUCAUGCUUCCUGUGCCAGAGAGUGUACCAUCUAAUACUCUAGAAGGCCAACAAGAAAAUAUGAUCAAUCCUCAAGACGUAACAGUGAAUCUAUUUGCUAAUCUACAGCAAGAUGGAGAAGAUGAACAAGCAUUCAUUUUAACUUUGGUGGAAAUUCCAACUAAUGCAACAGAAGGAUUUACUGAUGCCUCCAUGCAGUUAAUGCCAAGCUCUCUACUGCCAGCACCUAUAUUGGUCAAAUCUGGAAACACAGUAGAAAGAGGUGACCACAGUGAGAGUUUACAAACAACUUCAGUUGUUCAAGAUGCCAUAUGCUUGUCUCCUUCUGAAAGUGGUGAUUCUGAAAAGCCUCCUCCUAAGGUGAAUCUUAUAUCUCGGAAGAGAAUUCACUGUAGUCCUGAAGAAAACAUUCUUGUACCUCCUGCCAAAAAGUCCUCAAUUUCUCCGGGAGUUGAUUGUCAAGAAUGUGCUUCUGAGGUAUGUUCAAAGGAAUUCAAUGUUUUUGAGAAAACAGAAGAGUCUUGCAUGGGACAAGGCAUUUUCCCUACUUCAGAGAGCACACAUACAACUCCUAAACCUCAAAAGGAGUACAAUGAACCAGCUUUUCAGAAUGCAGGAUUGAGAUCUCCUGAUGAAAUAAAAGAUGCGUGUGUGGAAAAGACCAUGACUCAGUUGCCUCAGGAUGAGAUGGUGUCUGAUAAAGAAGAGAAGACUGGUCCUGUUUCCAGUUCAGAACAAAGGGAUAGCAUGACGUCAUCCUCAAAACCUCCUCUGACCAGACCUGGCAGAAGACCUUUGGGAUUUUUGUCUUUAAUAUGCCCAAAAAAUAGUUUGGAUUCUGACGAAGCGACUCAAACCCAUAGUAAGAAGCGCCUAAGGCCUCAUAUACCUGCAUCACGACGAAAUUUGAAAAAACCUAAUUUACUUAAUACAAGCCAGAAAAAAAGUGAAGAAUCUUCUUCUGAUCCACUCCCAUCUCCAAGUAUUACUGAUCCUCAGUCUGAUGAUACUGGAAAGUCAGCAGCUCAGGUUUCUUCUGAUCAGCCAUCGCUAAAAGAGAAAUGUAAAAGUAGGCCAAAACAGGCAUGUGAGGAGGAGGCCACCACAGUCUCCGAGUUUGUCUUCGAUGACAUCUUCAUUGAAGUGGAUGAAACAGAAUAAAGCACUCUUCUGGGUUCUUCCUUUCUUCCUUUUUUUCUUUCUAUUUUUGUAAUAAGUUCGAAAUUUCCAGAGUCACUGAUGUUAGCAAAGCAGUGUUUAGAAAAGGACCACUGCCUGUUUUUAUUUAGGUCAAUUUCGAAUAUUUAUUAAGCUUAAUUUAAAGCUUUUAUAAUCAGUGGAAACCAUGUCAUUCUGAAAUACCAAGCAAUUAAGACUGCUCUCUCUGACAGACACUUUAACUUGUUUACAUUUGACUCUCCCCGUGCUGAGCACACCUGGACUUCUGGACUGCGUGGAUACACGUCUGUAUAAAUCAUAGUGCUGACAUACUUGGAGCUUGAUUGUAUUUAACAUUGGUGACCUUCUUCUGUAAAGGUGGUUUUGUUUCUGUUUGUGUGUGUGUAUUUUUCUUUUGUUUUGGAGGGUGAUGAAGGUCUGUUUAUUUGCCUGUAGGUAUAUGAAAGCAAGUUGUGAAACUCCACUUUGGUAUGGUAAAGUUAAAACUUUUCUAUUAUUAGCUAUUUGACUGAAAAAUGUGUAUUUUUCUAAUUCAUGGUGAUGUAACAUUAGUUCUAAUUGAAGAUCUAGUAUUUAAACUUGCUAUUUAUAAAGAUUGAACAUCAAAGAGAUUAUUUAUUUUUAAAUUUUUUAUUUAAAAGCAUAUCCCGAUUUAAUUAUUUUGACUUAUCAGAUGUGGGCAAAGAAAGCAUUAACAAAUAAUUUGUCUCCUUUUCCUCUUUACUUUUAAAGCUAUUUUAAAAUGUCAUAAUUAAAAAAUGUUUAGGUGGUGUCUGUAUUUUGAAUACUUUUCUCAUACUUUAGUACAUUGAAUUUAUACUGUGAAUUUUUUUUUGCUUUUCUUAUUUCUUCUAUUAUCUCAGGAUUUUCAUUGGAAGAAAAAAAUUUAAUGUUAAGAGACAUGUUGUAUAAAACAAUCUUCUACACACACACACACCCCUUAAAAAAAACAGUGAUAGAUUUUUCCCCUACUAAAUUCUGCUCACAGGAUGUGUAGGCCUUUAACCACAGAACAUGAUUCUUCUGCUAAAGCAGAAAAUAUGACAGGAAAACUUUGCAAAACUGUGAUUGUCAUCAUUAUGAACUUAGGUUUUUUUUUUAUUUUUUUAAUUUUGAGACUUAGUGAUUUAUAUAAGGGUAUUCUCUUACAGAUUUUCCUUGUUUCAGAUUAAUCUGAAAGACCAAAUUUAUUGAUUUUAUUAGAAAAAUCUCAUAGCUCAGUACAUUAACUCAGUAGUUAGAAAGUUUUUUUCACAAAAUACUGUUUGAAACUGUAGACCAAGGGGUCCUAGUGGCGGCUGUGUGGCCCUGCUGGUUCAGCAGGAGCAGGAGCGUGCCUGGGCUUUUACUUAGGGAACACGUCUUAGGCUAUAGCUCCACGCUCCCCCUCUCCCGCUAAAACAGGGUUGUGUGUCCCAGACUAGCCCUGGACUCUGUAGAUGACAGUGUUCUUCAGUGGGAUCCUCCAGUCUCCACUCCCAGAGCUGGGUUACAGGAGUACACCACCAUGCACUUUUUAAUGCUGUGCUGGAGUAGAACCAAGGCUUCCCACAAGAGCUCUGCCCACUGAGCGUCCUGUCCUGGGCUAAGUGCUUUUUGUCUGAAGGUGCUGAUGUCUCUACGUAGGAGUUAUUUGUCAUAGAAGUUGUAAAAUGUGCCUAUGAUUUAGAAAACUGUGUUGAGUGUAUUAUGAAAUGAUCAGUACUUCAAUUGGAAAAGUAUUUUUACAUCUAGCUAAGUUUCAUCUUUAUAUAUUGAUAAAAUGAUGACCACUUUUCAAGUUAGGUGAAAAAGAAAGUUUUCACUUCAGCUUUCUAGCCUAAGCGAAAAAGGCUAGUAGGGCUCAGUGAGUCUAGAGUGAGAGGCGAGUCCACUGAAACCUACCGUGAGCGCAUUUCUCAUUCCGUGUCUUAGGGUGAAAUGUAUGAUUCAACAUCUUGAUUAUAAAGGAAGAUCUAUAAAUUAGAUGGAAAUUAUCAAAAGUAUACAUCUAUUCAUGUGAUUAAUGUCACAAAAUCAUGGGUUAAUUUACAGUGCUAUUUCAAUGCCGUUUGUAAAUUUAAAAGUUUCUGUUCUGUAAAGGUUUUUUUUUUUUUUUUUAUUAAUGUUACUUGGGUUAGAUCACCAUAACUAAACUAUUAUUUAUCCCUGUAUAAUAUUUAUUUUUUUAACAUCUGUCUCAUGUUUGUCUGUAAAACUGAUUUUAUGGAAGAUGUAAUUUAUUGUGUAAAGAGUACAAGGGUGUUCGUUGUAUAGAGAAUCAAGUCAGUCACAAAUUGUCCAGCUGUUACAGCCUCCAAACGGAUGUUGGGAAGAGAAACACAAUCAGUGUACUUAGCCUUAAGGCAGAAAGAUCCCUGGUGGUGUAAACAUGCUUCCAGGAAUUUGUUCUAUAAAUCUUUGACUUUUUUCCUCCUGAAUGCUUAACAUCUAAGCAGGUGACCAGUCAUGGUUUAAAAGUCUAAUUGCUUAUAAAUGAUUAAGACAUAGAUAAAAAAAUGAACAUCCACUGUUUACCACCAUAUUAUUCUAAAUGCAGGUAACCAUGUAUACUGACUUGCUUGAAGGAGUUUUUGAUAAAAGAAACAAUAUCUGUCAUUUGUAAAUUUUCUUGUUCUAAAGAAAGCAGUUAUGUUCUGUUGAUAAAAAUUAUGUAAAUAAAAAGUUAUUUUAUAUCA